ACAUAAGGCGAACGCAAAAUUGCUCCUCGCCAAACAACGCCUACAAAUUUGGCGCCACAAGAUUCGUUGCGGAUGAUUAAAUUAAAUUAAAUUUGUGCUGCCAGCUGUGAUCAUGUAUUCGCCGCGCAAGUCGCUGUCGACGCCAGCAGCGCAUGAGUUUGGAUUUCCCUACACUCCGUACGAGAUACAAGAGCAGCUGAUGCAGCAACUGUUCCAGGUGCUGGAGCACAAGCAAAUCGGAAUUUUCGAAAGUCCUACAGGUACUGGAAAGUCGCUGACGCUCACCUGUGGCGCCCUCACCUGGCUGCGACAACAUGAGCAGCUGGUGCGUACCGAGCUGCUGCAGCGCAUCGAUGAAGUGCAGACGCAACUGAAGCAGCUGCAAAUGGAGAGUGCCCAGGCGGAGGAUUGGAUAACAGCGCAAAGCAACACGCGAACGCAGCGCCUGGAGCUGGAACAGCUGCAUCGGCUGCGCGAGCUGCUACAGCAAAAGGAGCAAGAACUGGAGCAGAUCAAGCAUCGCAAGAAGCAGCAAAAGGAGCAACAUAGACCGGCCAGACGAGCAAGCGACCUGAAGGAAACUCCCGUUGAGGAGCAGGAGGAGCUCAACUCGGAUGAAGAGCUGGAUAACGUAGAGAGUGUGUCAGAUGAGCAGCCAGCAGAGCUGCAAUCGGAACGUUUCCGGGAUGUGCAAAUCUUCUUCUGCAGCCGCACGCACUCUCAGCUCUCGCAGAUCGUGGCUGAACUGCGCAAGACACCGCAUGGACAAAGCGUGCGCUGCAUUGCGCUCGGCUCACGGCAGCAGCUGUGCAUCAAUGCGCAGGUGCGCAAGCUGUCCAACAUUGGCCUCAUCAACGAACGCUGCCUGGACAUGGCGCAGUCCAAGAUCAGCGCCAAUGCCGUCUCCAAAUCCCGCCAGACGCUCAGCCGUUGCGCCUACAAGAGCUCCGCCCAGCUGCAACGGCUCAGCGAUGCGGCGCUUUGCGAGCCGCUCGACAUCGAGGAGCUCGUCGCGGAGGGCUCCACCCAUGGCGGCUGUCCCUACUAUGCCACGCGUGCCGCCCAGUCGCAGGCCCAGCUGCUGCUGCUGCCGUAUCCAAUGCUGCUGCAGCGCAGCGCACGCCAGCAGCUGGGCCUCGAUCUGCGCGGCGCCAUCAUCAUUGUGGACGAGGCGCACAACCUGCUGGACACCAUUGCCCAGCUGCAUAGCAGCGAGCUGAGCCUGGCCCAGCUCCAGCUGGCCAAGCAGCAGCUGUCUGGGUACAAGCAGCGCUACGCCCGGCGCCUGAGCAGCGCCAAUCUGUUGCGGAUCAAUCAGCUGCUGUAUGUCGUGCGCCGGCUGCUGCAGCUGCUCGAGGCAGGCGGAGAGCCGCGCAUGCUGCGCACCUACGAGCUGAGCGCCGAGGGCGACUUCUUCAACAUUGACCUGCAUGAGCUGCUGGAGUUCUGUGCGCGCACGCGCCUUGCCCAGAAGAUGCAGAGCUUUGGCCGGCAGCAGCAGCGCGAGCCGCAGCCCAGCGAGAACCGGCCGCCGCCCACGCAGCAGCUGCUCCAGCGCCUGGCCGCCCAGCACGAGCAGCACUGCCAGACGCUGGGCAAAGGCAAGCGCAAGGCGGCCGAUGAGAAAGCGGAUGACAAAGCGAAGCAGCCGCCACAGUCACAGCCCGCAGCUCAGACGCCAGCUAUGCCCUCGCCCUUUCGACCACUGCUCGCAUUCCUGGAGACGCUCACCAGCAAUGCCGCCGACGGCCGUGUGCUGCUCAAUCCGGAGACUGCCACACUCAAGUAUUUGCUACUCAAUCCUGCCGAGCACUUUGCAGACAUUGUCAAGGAGGCGCGCGCUCUCAUCAUAGCGGGCGGCACCAUGCGACCCACCCAGGAGCUGACGGAGCAGCUCUUUGCCCAUUGCCCAGAGCGUGUGGUUGAGCGCUUCUAUGAUCAUGUCGUGCCAGCGGAUGCUGUGCUCCCAUUCAUCCUGCCCACUGGACCAACGGGCGCCAGGCUCUGUUUCAGCUAUGCCGAACGCAGCAGCCCAGCCAUGGUAUGGAUUGGACAUGGAAAU